AUGGAUAAAACAAUUCAUGAACAAUGGACAUGCAAAUUUGCAAAAGUAAAAGCUGUUGUUGUUCAACUUGAUGAACUUAUUUCUCGAAUUAAAAUUGAUCAUAAAAUUCAGAAAACGACGGAAGAACCGUUAUCAAUCAAUAUUUUUACGACACGUGCUGACGCAGGUGAACCCAAAGUGGAAGCUCCGAAAUCAGCAAACUAUCAAUCAUGUGUCUUCGGUCAAGAUACUCAGAUCUCAUGGAAGUUCAGUGGCAUCGAGAAAUCGCAAGUGUCAUGGUUCUUCAAGGGUCAACCCCUUCCAACCAACAGUCGCUUUCAAGUGACUGAAACUGAUGAUGGAACAUCGACACUAUCGAUUCAUCAAGCCGAACUCGUCGAUCAAGGUGACUAUAUUGCUCGUGCCACCAAUGCUGAUGGCGAAGCUGAAGCCAGAACAAUAUUGAAUAUUGUUUGCAUCAAGCCUAUCAUCAACACAAAUCUCGAUGCUGCAAUGCAAGUCACAAAAGAUGAAACCAUGACACUCAAAAUCGCCGCCAGUGGAACACCAAAACCUGGCAUUGUCUGGAUGAGAGGUAACGAUCAACUCACACCGAAUGAUCGCAUUCAGAUGACAACACCGACUCACAAUGCUGACAUAUACACAUUGACAAUCUUAAACGUACAACCAGAAGAUCAAGGAGAAUAUUCAGCCAUGAUUUCCAAUGUUGGUGGAUCACUCCAAUCAAUUAAGUGCAAAGUCACUGUUUCGAGUACGUCAUCUUGA